AAAGUCAGCAACAAACGACAACCUUGAACGUUAUUUAUUCUGGCAAAGAUCAAACGGCGAGUGCUUAAAGACCCUGCUUCUCUGUUUGUCUGCCUAGUGUAACUGCUGCAAGCAAAGCUACAGAGCAGCAAUACUGAAAAGAUGACAAUCCCAUCUGAUAGUGAAGCUGCUUCUCUUGAUUCUGGGCUUGUCCGCCUUCACGAACUCGGCUACAAGCAAGAGCUCAAGCGUGAUCUCUCGGUCAUCUCAAAUUUUGCACUUACAUUUUCUGUUAUAUCCGUGCUGACUGGUAUAAGUACUCUUUACAAUACCGGUUUAAACUAUGGUGGUCCAGUUUCGAUGGUGUAUGGCUGGUUGGUAGUUUGUAUCUUCACCAUGCUUGUUGCUCUAUCAAUGGCUGAGAUUUGUUCAGCAUAUCCAACUUCUGGUGGUCUCUACUUUUGGAGUGCCAAGCUUGCUGGUCCUCGAUGGGCACCCUUUGCCUCUUGGAUCACUGGCUGGUUCAAUAUCAUUGGCCAGUGGGCAGGGACAACAAGUAUAGACUUCUCACUAGCACAACUGAUUCAGGUUAUCAUUCUCCUUAGUACUGGUGGGAAAAAUGGUGGUGGAUAUGUGGCAUCUAAAUAUGUAGUUAUUGCUAUCCAUGGUGGGAUUUUGCUCCUACAUGGUAUAAUAAACAGCCUCCCUAUCUCAAUCUUAUCACUCUUGGCAAACUUGGGUACUGUUUGGAAUGUUGUAGGUGUUUUUGUGCUUAUUAUCCUGAUCCCAUCUGUUGCAACGAAAAAAGCGAGUGCCAAGUUUGUUUUCACCGAGUUCAAUACAGAUAAUGGGGUUGGAAUCAAUAGCAGACCUUACAUAUUUGUUUUGGGACUUCUUAUGAGUCAGUAUACCCUAGCCGGGUAUGAUGCAUCAGCUCAUAUGACGGAGGAAACCAAGAGAUCUGAUAUAAAUGGACCAAAAGGAAUUAUCAGCUCAGUUGGAAUAUCUAUUGUUUUUGGAUUUGGUUACAUAUUAGGCAUUACCUUUGCAGUUACUGAUAUCCCUUACCUAUUGAGUCAAGACAAUGAUGCUGGUGGAUAUGCCAUUGCUCAAAUAUUUUAUAUGGCAUUCAAGAAAAGAUAUGGCCAUGGAUUUGGGGGUAUUAUGUGCUUGGUGAUUAUUGCUAUUGCCAUAUUUUUCUGUGGUAUGGGUUCAGUUACCAGCAACUCAAGGAUGGCUUAUGCUUUCUCAAGAGAUGGGGCCAUGCCCUUGUCAUCAUUGUGGCAUCAAGUUAAUAAGGAGGAGGUUCCUAUAAAUGCUGUUUGGCUUUCUGUUUUGAUUUCAUUUUGCAUGGCUCUAACGUCUCUUGGAAGCAUGGUAGCAUUUCAGGCCACAGUGUCAAUAGCAGUGAUUAGUAUCUAUAUAGCAUAUGCCCUUCCAAUAUUCUUCAGAGUGACAUUGGCAGCAAAGCAUUUUGAGCCUGGGCCUUUCAACUUGGGCCGGUAUGGGCUCAUUGUGGGCUGGGUUGCAGUUAUCUGGGUUGUCAUAAUCUCAGUACUCUUCUCACUGCCUGUUUCCUACCCAAUAACUAUUGAGACACUUAACUAUACCCCUAUUGCUCUUGGAUGUUUGGUAAUUCUUAUAGUUUCUUAUUGGAUCAUCAGUGCUCGCCAUUGGUUUAAAGGCCCUUUAACCAAUAUAGAUAAAUGAAGUUGUGUUCAUUAUAUUUAGUGACUUAUAUAUAAUAAUAAUAAUAAUGUCUCUUGGCAUAUCAGAAUUUGAUAUCAGCAUCUAAUAUUAAUAUAAAAAACACUCAAGACCAUACUAAGAAAAUCUGCUUUGGUUUAAGUGUUGAUAUUUGUUUAUGGUCAGCAUUUUGGGUUGAUAAUUUGACCUUGUAAUUAAGAAUUGUGAUUUUUCUUUUGAAUACCUAAAUACCAAGACUUUAGAUCAAAAUACAAAAGGAGAAGGGGAUGUAAAUAAGAAAAGUGAGAUGUGAUCCACCGACGCUUUUUCUUCUCUUGAUUCUGGGCAUGCACGUCUUCACUCUUCAUGAACUCGGUUACAAGAAAGAGCUUGAUCUUUCGUUGAGUCGUCUCCCUCCUUUUCUUUCAUUGCCUUGCU